AGUCUACCGUGAAAACUGCGAAACGUCGUGAGAAGGAAUAAAAAGACUGAAGAAGCUGUGUCUGCGAAAACGCUGUGAAAAGAAAAAACGCAAAAGUUAUCAUCGUCAUCGUCUUCUUCCCAUACAAACCCCAUUUUCACUCCAAUUCCUCACACAAAUCGAAUCUCUUCACACUUUCUUUCUCUCUCACUUCCUUUCUCCCUUUUCCUAAAUUUAGGGUUUGCCAAAUUCCAAUGGCGGAGGUCAUGAAUGUGCCUCCAGAAUCCCUCGACAAAUCCCCUUCCUCCGACGCUCCCCCUCCUCCGCCGCCGCCUGCACCUCCGACUGAGCCCUCCCCUGUCGCGGACGACCUCCCUCCCCCGCCCCCGCCGCCGCAUUACCAGCCCCGGCGAAGAGACCGCAGAGACGACAGGGAUUUCGAUCGCCCUCCCAACCGACGUGGCGAUUACUAUGACCGCAACGCGUCGCCGCCGCGAGACAGAGACCGGGACAGGGACAGGGAUUUCAAGCGCCGACGUAGCCCGAGCCCUCCCCACCGCGACCAGCGGUAUUCUCCGGCAUCGCGGCGUUCGCCUCCGCCGUACAAGCGGUCGCGUCGGGGGAGUCCUCGCGGCGGCUAUGGACCUGAUGAUAGACAUGGGUAUAAUUAUUAUGGUGCUUAUGAACGGGGAUUGGGUGGAAGAGGUGGUUAUGCAGAUGAGAAGUCCUAUGGUAGGUUUGGACCACGUUCUGGUGGGGGGUAUCAGAAUGGGAUUUCUGAUGUAGAAUCCAAUCGUGGUUAUGGAGACAUGCCAAGCCAAAGGGAGGGGCUGAUGUCCUAUAAGCAGUUCAUUCAGGAGCUUGAGGAUGAUAUACUACCUGCUGAAGCAGAGCGUAGGUAUCAAGAAUACAAGUCAGAGUAUAUUUCAACCCAAAAACGAGCUUAUUUUAAUGCUCAUAAGGACGAGGAGUGGUUGAAGGAUAAAUAUCAUCCAACAAAUUUGCUUACUGUCAUUGAAAGGAGGAAUGAAAAUGCUCGACAGCUAGCAAAGGAAUUUUUGCUUGAUUUACAGAGUGGAGCAUUAGAACUAAAUCCUGGUUUGGAGGCCUCUGUAUCCAACAAAUCAGGGCAAGCUAGUGAGCCAAAUUCAGAGGAGGAAGCAGACACUGGAGGCAAACGAAGAAGGCAUGGAAGGGGACCUAAUAAAGAAAAUGAUUUCUCAGCUGCUCCAAAGGCUCACCCAAUCAGUUCUGAACCAAGAAGGAUACAGGCAGAUGUUCAACAGGCUCAGGUCCUUGUCCGUAAGCUUGAUGCUGAAAAAGGGAUUGAAGAUAAUAUUUUGUGCAGCAGCAGCGAUCACAAUAAAAAUGAUGACAAGGCACACAGUGGAUCUGUGGGCCCCAUAGUAAUUAUUCGAGGCCUAACAUCUGUUAAGGGUUUAGAAGGUGUCGAGCUUCUGGAUACACUUAUAACUUACCUUUGGCGGAUCCAUGGUGUAGAUUAUUAUGGCAUGAUUGAGACUAAUGAGGCCAAGGGCUUUAGGCAUGUGAGACCAGAAGGGACGGGGCAUGAAGAAACAGGUAAAUCAGGGUCUGAUUGGGAGAAGAAGCUUGAUUUAUUUUGGCAAGGAAGGCUGAAUGGUUUGGAUCCCUUGGAAAUAAUGACUGCUAAGGAGAAGAUAGAUGCUGCAGCAAUGGAAGUAUUGGAUCCAUAUGUUAGAAAAAUUAGGGAUGAAAAGUAUGGAUGGAAGUAUGGAUGUGGAGCUAAGGGCUGCACAAAGCUUUUUCAUGCUGCGGAAUUUGUGCACAAACAUCUGAAGCUCAAACACCCAGAGCUUGUUCUGGAGCAGACUACCAAAGUACGAGAGGAUCUCUACUUUCAAAAUUACAUGAAUGAUCCAGAUGCUCCUGGCGGGACACCCAUAAUGCAGCAAUCUCAGAAGGACAGGCCCUUAAAGCGAAGAUUAGCUAUUGAGGGUCGAUUGAGAGAUGAUCGUGGUAAUAGACGAGACCAUGAUCGGAAUGACAGAAUGAAUGGAGAUAGGCCUGAUAAUUCCCCAUCCAGUGAAAGACAGUCACUUGAGAUGGGAAACCGUGAUGAAGCAAUGUAUGCAGGGCCAGCCGUACCUCCAUUUGCCUCAGAUAUACCUCCUCCACCAGUGUUGAUGCCUGUUCCUGGUGCUGGGCCUUUGGGACCGUUCGUUCCUGCUCCCCCAGAAGUUGCAAUGCAGAUGUUAAGAGAUCAAGGAGGACCAACAUCAUAUGAUGCCUCUGGAAGAAAGAUGCGGGGUGGCCCUCAUUUGGGUGGUGCAGCACCAAUUAUUGCUGUUCCUCCAAACUUUCGACCAGAUCCUCGGCGGAUGCGAAGUUAUCAAGAUCUGGAUGCCCCCGAGGACGAGGUCACUGUUAUCGACUAUCGGAGUUUGUAGGCGAUUUUUGGUGGACACUGAUACACAUUUUACUGAGGCUCUGUCUUUGAUGAUUCGUUGGAGAAAUUUGUGUUACGAGGGAUAGACUUUGACUUGUACUACAUUUUACAUUUUAGAUUUUGAUAUGUAUAUUUCUUAAACUAAAUUUCCUUCUAAUAUAAUUUUUUGGGUUGACAAUUUUCUUUUAA